CCCUUCCUCCCGCCUCCCCGCCCCCGGCUCCGCAUCGCCGCGGCCGGAGCACACGCCGCCCGCCCGAGGAUGCUCCGCGCUUUGUUCGCCCGCCGCAGCCUUUGGGAGGACUCUCGUCCUGACUCGCUGAAGGUUCCUCUCCCUCUUCCCCCAGCCCCUCAUCCGUGCUCGGCGCGGCAGCCCACCCGGGCGGGCACCCCAUAUCAGCCCUCUCCCGUGCGCCGGGGAAGUUGCUGACAUGCCUGCCGCCGGGUCCCGGUGCACCGGCAGCGGCGGGGAGCCGGAUUUAAAGGGGAAUUGUGCUGCAGACAAUGCACAGCAGCAGCAUCUGGAGCAGCCCUGGGGACCGGAGCUCCGGUUUUGACAUUGCUGCACACACAGAACCAGCCGCAAUGACAGCAGCUGCCUGGAGUGGCUGCAGGCAGCAGGCAGGAGCAUGAAGUAGAGCGAUCACUGCAGUGCUCAAGAUGAACUCCUCUUUGGUUGGCAACCAGAGUGGCCGGCCCUUCUGUCUCCUGGCCAUUAGCUAUUUGGAGACCAUCAAUUUUUGCCUCCUGGAAGUGGUUAUUAUUGUGUUCCUCAUGGUGCUGAUUAUUUCGGGCAACAUUAUUGUGAUAUUUGUCUUUCACUGUGCACCUCUGCUGAACCACCACACCACCAGCUACUUCAUCCAGACUAUGGCGUAUGCUGACCUCCUGGUGGGCGUGAGCUGUCUGGUGCCUUCUUUGUCUCUGCUGCACUAUCCUAUUGUUUUGAGUGAGUCCUUGGUUUGCCAAAUCUUUGGUUACGUGGUGUCAGUGCUGAAGAGCGUCUCCAUGGCCUCCUUGGCCUGCAUUAGCAUUGACAGAUACAUCGCCAUCACGAAGCCGCUGACCUACAACACGCUGGUUACCCCGUGGAGGCUGCGAAUCUGCAUCCUGACCAUUUGGCUCUACUCCUGCCUGGUCUUCUUACCCUCCUUUCACUGGGGAAAGCCUGGAUACCACGGGGAUGUGUUCCAGUGGUGCGCCAAUUCCUGGAACACCGACCCCUAUUUCACCCUGUUCAUUGUGGUGAUGCUCUACGCCCCGGCCGCCUUCAUCGUCUGCUUCACCUACUUCAACAUCUUCCGCAUCUGCCAGCAGCACACCAAGGAGAUCAACGAGAGGCGGGUGCGCUUCAGCUCCCAGGAUGGGGAGGCUGGGGAGGCACAGCCCUGCCCGGACAAGCGCUAUGCCAUGGUCCUGUUCCGCAUCACCAGUGUCUUCUACAUCCUGUGGUUGCCCUACAUCAUCUAUUUCCUGCUGGAGAGCUCCAAUGUCUACAGUAACCGCGUGGCGUCCUUCUUGACCACUUGGCUUGCCAUUAGCAACAGUUUCUGCAACUGUGUCAUUUACAGUCUCUCCAACAGUGUCUUUCAGAAGGGGCUGAAGCGCCUCUCGGGGGCCAUCUGUGCCUCGUGCGCUAGACAGAGGGUAGCCAAGGACUCCUCUACCUCCAGGAGCAAAAGAUCUUCCAAUGGAUGUCAUGUCUAGGACGCCCGUCAGCUGGACUGGGAAGUGCAGGGACGAUUCCGCAAAUUGCGAGAUAAGUUAGAUAGGUUUUUAAGAUGUCCAGAUUUGCAAAAAGGUUUCUGAGAAAUGCUGCUGACACAGAAGAAUCAGGAGCACAUGUCGUUGUGGUUUCGCUUUAAAAAAUGAUUGCUGUGGAGGAGGCUGUGGAGUUUCACCUCCAUAUUCGUUUUAAAGAAUAAAGCUGUAUCUUGACACUUACCUCUCCAGCUGGUGUGACUGAAUGGAGUGGGUGUCUGAGAGCUUCGGCAAAAUGCAGUCUUUCUUACAGCUUUACUGGGUUCUUUGGAGAUUCGUGCUUCACAUGUAAAUGAUAGAGCUGAAGUGGAAAUGUCACAGUCUAUGGUAUAUUACAGGGAUUUUUUUAAUAUAUGCCAAAGUAUAUUGACACAACGUUCCAGCGUCAGAACAGAAGGGGCCAAACAAUUUGUUUUUCAGUGCUACCUAGACAGGACUUGUAGAACAGGAGUGAACAAUGUGAACAUUUCAGUGUGAACUCAGUUUUAAUGAGCCGUGAGUGCAGCGAUGUGAUCUGAGCAGUCGGAGGCUUGGGGCCGAUCUGGGUCCGUGCCCUGUUUCCCUGGUAGGAUGCAUGUUUGGAUCAGAGUGUGGCAUCUGCGUUUUCCUGUUUGUUGUGAAGUAAGAAGAAAAACUUGGAUCAGACCAAAUUUAGCAGUUAAAUAAAAUGUGUUUUGAUAAGCUAUGAGAAAAUACGUGUUGCUUUAUGAUACCAGAGUUGUGGCAACCACUCGAGGCUGAUGCCAACAUGUGAAAAUUAUUCUCAAACCAGUGGAGAAAUGCCACGGGUUUGGAUGUGGAAAUUUUCUCAAGAACAACUUUAAAAAUAACAUGUCCCUUUUUUUUUUUUAAUCUAAAUUCUUCUGAUAUUUUACAUACUAGAACUUAAGGGGAAAGGAAAGAAAACAAUUGUCUUCUAAACAGCUAAGGGAACUAUGUUGUAAAUUUAACUGUAGUAUUUGAGUUAUUCAUAAGUGCACAGAGCUAAAUCAGAGACAUUUUUCUUUAGCCUUCAUGGGAUUAAAGAUGGUUCAAAUAUAGCAGGAGCUAAAUCCUGUUGGCAAACACAUAUCUGACUGGUCAGACAAAGGCAAUAUCUGAGAAACCAAAUCUCACUGACCACAUUGUUCGAGCUAGCCUAGAUUAAAUGUUUGGAGUACUGGAAAGCUGUUAAGAAGGCAGUGUGGCAGAAUUGUUGAGUUUUUCCUAAAGAAUAUCCUUGUAUUUUUUCUGAUGCCAUUUUGGAAAAUGGAAGCGAACCAAGUGUUCCUGUAACAGUGGGUUAGGUUGUAUUGUCCUGUGGCAGCCUGUCCCUCCACCACACCUGCUCUGAGGGCAGGUUGUGCAUCCCCGUGUUUAUCCCUCCUUGGUGCUGUGAGCUCAGGGAAUUCCCUGUGCUGCUCUGGUACAGCUGGUGUGUGCUGUUAGUCACAGUGGGAACGAAGAAAGCUUAGGGAAAAGGAUCAUUUUAGAAUUGGGGGGGAUUCUCUUGGCCGGAGGGAAGACUCUGUGUUUUUGUUAAAUGGUGUCAGACUGUCUGUUGUUCUAGAUCAGGAUCAUCUUUUCAGUGUUCUGCCCUGUCCCUCCAGCAAUCCCCCCUCCUCCUCUCUGCUCUGCUGGGAGCCCUUUGCCCUGGAGGAUCCCAGCCCACGUCUCUGCCCGUCACAUGCCAGGAUUGCUACAGUCCCUGCUGCCCAUCCACAUUUGCUCCAGAACCAUCUCCUGGGGCUGCCCGUGAGGAAACAGGGAAGGGCAGAGAGAGCAGCAGGAUGGAGCACUCCUGGCACAGCACAGCCUGUGCUUGUGAGCACUCAGUGCUGAUGCACUCGGUUCCUCUCUGGGGUGAGUGUGUCCCUGUUCUGGGGAGGAUGGGGCACAACCCCUGCGGCUGCCGCCGCCUUCCCUUGGGGACCCCAGCGGCAAAGCAUUUACCCUGUAUCUUGAUCUGCUCCCAGCAUGUUCCCUCCACAGCCCAAACCUCUCAAGAUAAACUUCCUCCUCAGUUCACCUGAUAUUUUAAGAGCACAGGCUGUGUAAACCCCGCUGGCUUCCCGUGGCAUGUCCUGUUGUCCUCUGUAGUAGGACAGAGUCUGGAGCCGGGGCUCGUGCCGGGUCCUGCAGACACGGCAGAGGUGAAUUGUUCUGCAGAGCCCUCGCAGUCUGAACGUUGGUUAGACACAGACAGCCGUGGGGGGAGUGCAGGGGUGUAGUGAGUCAUUUCUGAGGGGUAUAAUAAGCUCCCAGCACAUCAGCUGGCUCAUUGUUCUCCAGCGGUUUGUGGGUAUUGUGGCAAAGGUGGGCUUUGGGGAACAAUUUAAGGGCUUUAGUCACUAAUAUCAAAGUGUGUGUGUGUGUGGUAUUUUUGGAACAGCCUCUCAGGUAAACUCCCAAUAGCUUUUCUCUGCUCUUCACCUUAUCUAACAUUUCCAAGUCUUUGAAGUGAUGCAAUGUAUCAUUGAAAUAGCAUUUGAUUAAAACUUAAUGGAAGAGAAGAAUCUGCUGGGGCCUAAAACCCCAGAAAUGGCAGUUUCAGGUUUAAGUGGAAGCAAAGACUGUUGCUUCUGGUUUUUUUCAUGAAUAGGGGGUUUACAUAGUAUCAUUGUGUGCUAGUUUUGGAGAAUUUGGAAAAUUUUUAAAACUGGUAAGGGGUCUAAAUCGUGGCAUAGAGGUUUAACUGCUUCUGAGCCUGGAAUUGUGCUUGGAGCACAGUGACUGUUCCAGAUGCAGAUCCAUGCCUGCAGCUGUUGCUGCUUUGCAGCAAAGGCUCAGUUCUACAUUCCUGACAGCCAGGCUGUUUUCAGUUGCCUUACUCAUCUCCAAGUCUUCCUCAGCUCAGAUAAUCUCUGGGAGAGGUGAAAAUCGGAAUCUGGAAGUCUCCAAGAGAUGAGGAUGGAGAGGAGUUGCAGCCCAUUGGUGCAUUCAGGUUUCAUCCAGUGUUUGUACAGACACUUUUAGUGUUGCCUCAGUAGCUUAUUUUUAGGUUCAAGUAUUUAUCUUUUUGUCUGUGUUAAUUUAUUGAUUUUUUUUUUCUUAAUUUAAAUUACGAGGGUGUUUUUUUCCUCGAAGUUAAUUUAAUGUUGAUGUAGGUUUGUUUGUGAUUAGAUGGUUUAAGUAUUCAUACCAUCAGAGCCUGUUGUCUUCAGUGGAACUGCAGGGGUGACUCCCGUUCACUGUGCCAACUGGAAGGAAUAAUUUUGCCAUCUAUUCCAUUGUUUGCUCAGCAGCCCGUUGGGCACCCUUUGUCGUGCAGCUCACACGAGGCACAGGGGUCCUUCCCAUCACAGGCUGUGCUAGGAGUUGUCAACAGCAAACUUUGCAGUUGGCUCCUUCUCAUCCUUGUGCACAUGGAGCUAAUCCUUCCCUGGCCCGGUGUGUGUCCGAGUGUGCUGCAGAGCUCUGCACAAAUAAAUGCCACUGAGGAGAGCACAGAAAUCAAAUUACAGCUUCGUGAAAAUUGGGUUGUGAUGUGAUUAAACGAACUAAUUUUGAAGUUCCAUCUCAGACUAUAAACUGAUUUUUUUAUUAGGGUUAUCUGCCUCGCUCUCAAAUUAAGCUGCUGGAAGGUUCAAUUCGCAGGACGCAAUUCAGUGGCUUUUUUUAGUGCCAUGGGAAGGAUUUCGAUGCUCACAACUUCUCAGAAGGUGAUAAUUUGCUUCAUCUAGAACACUUUAUUCUUUUUAAGGAUUACUGGAAGUUUAGGUUGUGGUUAUUUUGUCAUUUUCCAAAUAGACUGGGAGAAUAUCUGGGAAAUAUUAUUUUUUUAUGAUCUCAGUCAAGUGACAGUAUUUUUAAACUCAACAGAUAUGUUUUAUGUAAAACAACAGUUUUGCUGUUAUCUACUGCUAGGUUGUUUUUUUUUUUAUUAAAUGUUACCAGUUUCUUCAGUCUUGAUUUGUUGUUGGGGAUUUUGUACUUGUUUCUAAGCUUCUUGUGGCUCAGAAAUGUGUUUCUUCUGGUUGGAAUUCUGACAUGGCUCGGUGUCAGAGUGCCAAGGGGCAGCCUUGGAUGUUUGUCACAAGGAAGAAAGUGGUACAAAGUACUAAGGCACAGAGAAUGACAAUCUCCAAACUGCACCCCUGGGGCAUUGUCCCUGCCCUCUCACAGAAAGGUUUUACGUGUAAGAAUCCUAAAUUUCAGCAGUUUGUUCGAAAAAAGGCACUUGCAAGGCCUGGAUGUGAUGCGAGAUGGAAACAUUCAGUGUGCAAAUUGAAUAUGCAGAUUUUUUUUGCUUUUUAUUGUGGUGUUCCCAACUGCUGCAGUGAGCAAGGAUGUAACUCCAUGAGUUGGGAAGUCUGAAGUGUUUCAGUCUCAUCUUCCUUCCCAUCAGGGUUGGAAGUUGACAGAACUUUUCCUAAUUGAGGUUGAUGCUUUAAAAAAAAUGUCCCAGGAACCAACCAGUGUGUGAGUACAGGAAUCUGCCUUGAGCCAUUACAAACAGAAGGCCCAUUUAACAUUAUUCUGAUUACUUGACUCAUCCACUGUAGGUAACUUUAGCUUAAUAAGAGGAGGUGGUGGUUUUGGAGGGCUUUUGUUGUCGUUUUAACGCCUUUUUGGUGCUGAGUACUUGAAGCACCUGCUGAAACAUUGGCCUGACUUGGCCCUUAUUUUGUUGCUUGGUUUAGAAAUGUUUUUCUUCCCUUCCAGGACUUUGCAGAAUACAAUGGCACAUCCUUCCCGUGGUGUCAUUCAGGAUAAACUUGGAUUUUAAUGCACAUUUAUCCAAACGUUGUCUUUAAUAUUCUUUACCAGAUGAAUGCUGUGGGGUGUGUGGGGCUGUUUUUUUUUUCUGUGACAUCAUUUUCUAGAGAAAUGAAAUGUUUGCUUUUGGAGGCAGCUUUGCUGAUGGUUCUCCACGCAGUACUGAGUUCUGUCACCUCUCAGCUCUUACUCCUGCUGCAGAGUUGGUAACAAGCCCCAGUCUGUGUCUGCUCUGCAGGCCUGUAGUGGUAGCUGCAGAUGGAAGUGGUUGUGAAUCUCUCCCAUAUCCCAUUUACAUCUCUUGAGCUUUAGCAGUUAAUGAAAACACUGACAGAAGUGAUGUUCCUGUAUCCUGAUCCAGCUUUAAUUACAGCCUCAGGUGUACUCCAGCAAUCUGUGCAGGCAGAACUGACCCUCUAGCUGGUGACUUUGUAGUUAUUUCAACUGAGAAAUAGAAGUUGUUAUUCACAAUCCGUCUUUGUUUCGUCCUGAAGCUGUUCUGGAGGAGUGUCCCAAUGCCCGAGCUGAUCAAAGGCUGUGCAGGCUCCGCUCCAGGACAGACCAGGAGGCACCAGGUCCCUGGGACUGACGCCUGUGCACAGGUUGAUAUCCAGGACCUUUAUUUGCUGAGAAGAUUUUAGAAAUACUGAGUGGAUGCAGAUUGCAUUGGACUAUAGGAUGUGGGUUUAGGUAGACAACCAUGUUUUGAAGUUGGUGAUCACUGCUCCACCUGGGCAGUACCUGGGUGUGAGGCACCUGAGAGUGGAGCACAGGGUCCCCUUGGGGGUUGGAAGGACCAGGGAGUCCAAACUGCCUGUUCUGACUGCUUUCUAAUUAGGAAUUUGUAAGAUUCUGUAAUUCAAAGCUUUGGCUUCUCUCUGAUGGUCAUUACUGGAGAUCCUUUUGUUCAAAGGUGACAUAAAUUCAAGUGACUCCUCGGAAAGAUGAACUCAAAUCUUGCCGUGCGUAUGCGAGUCGUUCUCAGCGUGAUCACGUGAGUCAAGCAAUCAAAUGCUUAAUAAACCAAGGCAUUACUUUUAUGGUAAAUUGAAAAAAGUUCUUCUGGGAUUUCAGCUGUAAAUGAAUCCUUGAAAAUCAAUAAUUAGAUUAGUAAAGGAUGACAUUUUAAUAUGCUGGCAGGAAUAUAGAGGGAUUUGUCAGGGGAAGCAAAACCAGACUUUGCACUAAAGUGGCUUAGGUAUAUUUAUAGUGCUAGUGAUUCUCUGUGUGUGUGUGUGGAAUCUUUGGACUAUUUUAAUAUAACGUAAGGCUUUGAGCUUUAGCUGACUCAAGUUGCUCGUUUUAUGAAGUUACAUUAGUACCACACUGUGAAGUAUUUUUAAAUAUUAGCAUUACUGAGUAUUAAAAGUAUUUCAUAAAAACAUUUUUUAAAACGUUUUCUGUAGAUGCUGUCAAAUGAAUUGAUGUUUAGUGUACAAAGAAAUAAAACCUGAGGGCUGUAAGGUACCUGUGUGUUUCUGAUCACCUCAGUUUUUGAGGGGUUAGGUAUUUCUUGAGGUUAAAUUGUCACUAAAACCUACUAAAAAUAAUGGUGCAGUUAAUCCUUUCAGGGGACAGGAAGCAGCAUUACCUCCAGCCGUGCUUUUGAACUGUCUGAAAGGAUUUGCAAUCAUGUGUGUUGUCUUGACAGACCUGUGUCUUUAGAAAUGCUGUACAGCACAGUCUUUUGCAGGUCCCUAUGCUGAUACAUUUCUCUCCAUAUGUAAUCUUUGAAAUCCAGUUUCUAUUGUAAUUCUAGCAUGUAAACACUAGAUUCAAUUUUGUAUUCCUCUAAUGAAUGCAACAGGAUGGAAACGAGUUUGCAACUGCUAAUGAUGAACUUUUUUACUGUUCUUAAUACUCGUGGGUAUGUCUUUUCUUCAGGGAUUUCGAACUUGUAUUCGUACCUUUUUUAAUUGUUCUUUUCACCUGCUGUUUACAAUUAAAGGCGAGCAUGGGAGGCUGUGCCUGCAUGUGCUUUUAGGUUGCUUUGCUGAAGGAAACACAGUGGAGUGAUCUUACCUUAAAACCUCUCUGCUGCCCAGAGAGGCUGUGGGUGCCCCGUCCCUGCAAGUGUCCCAGGCCAGGUUGGAGCAACCUGGGCUAGUGGAAGGUGUCCCUGCCCGUGGCAGGGGGUUGGAAUGAGAUGGGAUUUAAGGUCCCUUCCAACCCAAGCCGUUCCAUGAUUCUGUGAUGCUCGUUUUCCUUGUGUCCCACCCCUCUCCUUGCGCCUUCCCAGUCCCUGGUACAGCAGAAGCCACCAGUUAUUUGGUGCAUUAUCUGACCUCUGUCAGAGGGUUGUUACAGGGGUUUUGGGAGACAGUCCAGCUCCUUCCCCCAGUAGUGUUCCAGCUGGUAGUUUUUCCCUGAGUGUCAGUGAGAGGGCCAAGAACGGAUAAAAUCCCAGGUAAGAAUGUGUAUGUGUGUGUUUGUAAGAACUUGGUGCACCUUCAAAUGCUGGAAAUUGUUUUGUAUUAGAAGAUGAGAAAGAGCUGUGAGUGUGAAACGCCUGCUAGGAGGAACUCCAGGAAAACAUCCACCCAAACAGAUUAGAAAAGCAAACAGGUGAAUUAGAGCCUGUCCAACCCUUAAGAGUCUCUAAUGCUGGUUUAGUUCUGACCCAGUGGGGACUGUUGGGGUGUCGGGGGGGCUCCUCCGUGGCCCCUCCUCUGGCUGGCUCUGCUCUGCUUUGUACCUGCACAGGAGGGGGAUGGUGAAGAUGGGUGUGUUCAUACACAAGGCAGCUUGGGCAGAGUUCUUGUUGUGGCUCCAGAAUUACCUAUUUUGUGCCAACUCGGAACUGUUGUUAAAAUACAGGGCAGAGGGUUCUUCCCCCCCACCGUUUUAACAGACAUUUCUGUAGCUGAUUUUUCAACGAAGACUAAUAAUAAGAAAAACUAGAGUUGAGCCAAAAAAGACAAAUGUUACUGAUUUAAAAUAAUACUUGCAUAUUUUUAAUUACUAAAUGGAACUAGAUAAAUCGGAAGCAUGUAAAUAUCUGAUUCUAGAUCUUUGCAUAACUAUUUCCAAGAGGUAAUUUUGCUAUGAGCUAUUAAAACUCAAAGAAAUGUAUUAUUCCCUUUGAGGUGGUCUGUACCCCCAGCUGUGUCAUACAUCUCUUGGCUUGAUCCCUUUUUGCUGUAGAUGUACAUAUAUAUAUAUAUAUUUGUGUGCUGUGCAGCUGUACAGUCACUGCCACGUUGGAUUGAUUGUUUUAAAAUAGGUAUCUCUGUGUACUUUACAGGUGUGUGUAUGUGUCUCUCCAAACAAGCAAUUGAACACGGCAGUAGCUGUACAGUCACAGAGUUUAGGGCUUUGUACAAUAUGUAAUUUUAAGAAUGUCAAUGUGGUUCUUAGCGGAUUUUAUAAACACUUUUCUGAAUCUGUUAUCAGCACUUCCCAUCCUAAGAGAAACUGCACAUUUUUCAGUGAUUGUUCCACUGGUUACAUUUUUGUCUGCCAUUUGUUCUGGAUUGAUGUAAUCUUGAUACUACUACAAUUUCAAGGGCUGUUGACGCAUUUCACAUAGCCUAGGAUUGCCUGUUCUCCAAAUAUAUGGAUCAUGCAUCAACAGUACUAAGUAGCCUUACUGUUUGCCUAAAAGCCUAGCUAAUUUAUUUAAUACUCUCUCUUUAAAGAGAGGUCUCUGGAAGGGGUGGCAUAUUUUAGGAUGCUCCUUCUCUUUAAAGGGAAACUCUGAAUUGACUAGCAGUACUCGUUGAUCAGUGAUAUUAUUGUAGCCAAAGGAUGCAUGGGUGGUUUAAUAGGAAGUUUUUGCUUCAAGUUCCUUGAUGAAAUGUAGUGUUCUACAGAGCUGUGUGAAGAGUGUAGUUUUUUAUUCUGAAAUGCACUUGUACACUUUAUUUGAAAGGUCUGAAUGGAUCAUAAAUACAUUUAAGAAAUAAAUGAUAACGUCACAUGUUUUCA